AUUCAGGGAAGCAGCCCCGGCGGCCAGCAGGGAGCUCAGGACAGAGCCGGCUCCCUGGGAAGCCUCCGGGUGAUAGGGGUGUUCCAGCUGCGGCGCUCUGGGGGUUCAGAGGGGGAUCUUGAAUGAACAAAUGAAUGAACUGCUUUCUGGGCAAACAGCCACAGCCAGAGGAGCCUGUGAUUGGCAGAAAGAAGCCAGGGUGUGCAAGUCUCCCCAACAGCCUCGAGUGGCCUGCAGUCACAGGGAACCCUCAGGAAGACCUUCCGGGCAGAGACCAGAGGGAAGGUGUUUCUAGCUGUGUACAGGGACUGAUUGGCUGAGGACUCACAUUGGAGAGCUGCAGACAACAUAACGGUGAAUGAGAAUGGAGGAUGAAGAUUACAACACUUCCGUCAGUUACGGUGAUGAAUACCCUGAUUAUUUAGACUCCAUUGUGGUUUUGGAGGAGUUAUCCCCCUUGGAAGCCAGGGUGACCAGGAUCUUCCUGGUGGUGGUCUACAGCAUCGUCUGCUUCCUCGGGAUUCUGGGCAAUGGUCUGGUGAUCAUCAUUGCCACCUUCAAGAUGAAGAAGACAGUGAACACGGUCUGGUUCCUCAACCUGGCAGUGGCAGAUUUCCUGUUCAACGUCUUCCUCCCAAUCCAUAUCACCUAUGCCGCCAUGGACUACCACUGGGUUUUUGGGACAGCCAUGUGCAAGAUCAGCAACUUCCUUCUCAUCCACAACAUGUUCACCAGCGUCUUCCUGCUGACCAUCAUCAGCUCUGACCGCUGCAUCUCUGUGCUCCUCCCUGUCUGGUCCCAGAACCACCGCAGCGUUCGCCUGGCUUACAUGGCCUGCAUGGUCAUCUGGGUCCUGGCUUUCUUCUUGAGUUCCCCAUCUCUCGUCUUCCGGGACACAGCCAACCUGCAUGGGAAAAUAUCCUGCUUCAACAACUUCAGCCUGUCCACACCUGGGUCUUCCUCGUGGCCUGCUCACUCCCAAAUGGACCCUGUGGGGUAUAGCCGGCACAUGGUGGUGACUGUCACCCGCUUCCUCUGUGGCUUCCUGGUCCCAGUCCUCAUCAUCACAGCUUGCUACCUCACCAUCGUCUGCAAACUGCAGCGCAACCGCCUGGCCAAGACCAAGAAGCCCUUCAAGAUUAUUGUGACCAUCAUCAUUACUUUCUUCCUCUGCUGGUGCCCCUACCACACACUCAACCUCCUAGAGCUCCACCACACUGCCAUGCCUGGCUCUGUCUUCAGCCUGGGUUUGCCCCUGGCCACUGCCCUUGCCAUUGCCAACAGCUGCAUGAACCCCAUUCUGUACGUUUUCAUGGGUCAGGACUUCAAGAAGUUCAAGGUGGCCCUCUUCUCUCGCCUGGUCAAUGCUCUAAGUGAAGAUACAGGCCACUCUUCCUACCCCAGCCAUAGAAGCUUUACCAAGAUGUCAUCAAUGAAUGAGAGGACUUCGAUGAAUGAGAGGGAGACAGGCAUGCUUUGAUCCUCAUUGUGGAACCCCUCAAUGGACUCUCUCAACCCAGGGACACCCAAGGAUAUGUCUUCUGAAGAUCAAGGCAAGAACCUCUUUAGCAUCCACCAAUUUUCACUGCAUUUUGCAUGGGAUGAACAGUGUUUUAUGCUGGGAAUCUAGGGCCUGGAACCCCUUUCUUCUAGUGGACAGAACAUGCUGUGUUCCAUACAGCCUUGGACUAGCAAUUUAUGCUUCUUGGGAGGCCAGCCUUGACUGACUCAAAGCAAAAAAGGAAGAAUUCUCAAAAGCAUUGCCAUGAACUGGGAUUGGCAUAGGGCGGUGGGAUUAAGCUGCCUAUUGUGUGUGCCCCAGAAAUGACACUCUCCAAGGUCCAUUCCUGGUGUGAGCAGUGAGGGGGUCAGAGCAAACCCAGUGUGAUGCAGAUCACACUUGGCCCUUGUAUAUCUAUUAUCAGUAGCUGGCCAGAAAACCCUACCUUCAAGUCACUGCUCUGUGUUAAAGUAUGUGGAAAUGUGAUCUGGGAGAGGAAGGUGACAUAUCAGCCCAUGAACUCCAUAGGCCAUGAAUUUGGCUUUCGGAUCAGCUAGGAAGACAGAGAACUGGUCCUGAGAAGUCCUGUGGGCUCUUUGCAAGGGCAAGACAAGUGAGGGAUGCAACGAGGACUUGAGAUUUGGCAAAGGAAUGAGAAAGGAGAAAAGAACCUUCAAAGGAUGCAGGCAUGGAGCAGCUCACCCUAGAACAUCGCAGGCUGAUGGUGCUUUAGGCUGGAGCUAUUUGGGGGGUCAGGGUGGUGCCAGCCCCUGAUCUCACCUUGCCCCUCUUACCUGGGGGUGGGGUUGUGGCAGGCAUCUUCACCAGCAGCCCUCACCCCAUCACAGGGAUUUUUUUCUGCCUUUCCUAAUCCACUCAGCUCUGGCUGGAGGUGCUUAGAAGAAAACACUGGUGGUGGGGCUUCUCAUUCUGGUUAAUUUCCUCAACGCCUUUGGAGACGGGUCCAAGAUGAAGCUUUGGGAAGCAACUCCGGAGAGUCCCCUGGGAAGAAGAGUAUGUCCGAGGACUCAGUCACUUGAGACAGAGUCUGGAGCUGGACUCCUUGAACUGUGUUUCUGAGCUGCAGACACCAAAUACCUCCUGGAUACAGGUGCCUGGCAUGGCUUUUCUCAUCUAAUACUGACACGUCCCUGUGGCCACAGAGUGUCAUAGCCCCAUUUACAAAUGACAUAGCUGAGGCCCAGAGGGAGAAAGUAACUUGCCUAACAUCACACAGCUAAUCAGUGGCAGAGUUAAGAUCUGAACCUGGCUCUGUCUGGCUCUAGAAACUCUGUUCUUCUAUUUGGAAUUUAUCUGUGGAGAUUAUUUUAGUAUAUUGAUAGCCUACAUUUAUUUAGCACUUUUUAUAUUAUGCACUUUACAUAUGUUUUCUCAUUUAAUCAUUACAGCAACCCUGAGUUAGGUAUGGUUAUAACUUCCCUUUUACAUAGGAGGAAUCUGAGGCUUAGAGAGGUUAAGUAACUUGCCCAAAGGUACCCAGCUAGUCUCUGCCAGGGCUUGGAUUUGAACUUCAGUUUGCCUGGCUCAAAUGAGGCUGCAGAGUCAGGAAGGACCUAAAAAGUUUGGAGAUUUUUGCCAUAAAUAUUGAUUCUUCUGCAAAUGAAUAUGAGCAUCUUAAUGGCCUUUAAGAAACUUUGCAAAUAGUUUUCAAAAAUGAUGCAACAUGGCAGAGAAAAUGCACUUGGCUUCCAGCUCCCUCAACAGCCAUUAACAGCCUCCUACCACGGCUCCCACCCCCUGUGUCUCCAGAGAUCAAGGCAAUGGGGAGGGAAGGCUGGCAGGAGGCAGUCCCUUGUGGGCCUGAGGACCUUUGGCUCCUAAGCGUCCACAUUCUGUUCUCUUCCAAGCCCCUUCAUUGUUAAGCUGAUUCUCCAACAAGAUGCAACGAACAGAUGCAAUGUCUACCCUGCGCUGGGCGAGUUCCCGAGGCCAUGGGCUGUUUGGAAUCACACUUCAUUAAGAGACAAACUGUUCUUUCCCUUAUUGUGCCUUAAUGCUUAUGACAAGGCAGCUCUGAAUUGACCCCAAGCUGGAGCCUCUGAAUGCUUUAAAGAGUUUGAACAUAGACGGUUUGAGAGCAAAAAGGGAGCUUUAAAUAUUGCUCAGUGGCCCCCAUCUCCCCUCUUCCCACAUUUACUGAGGCACGAGAAGGGAUGGGACCUGUCCCAGGUCACAGCAGCAGUUGUCAGCGACUUGGCCCUCCUGGCUUGUAGGAUGCUGCUUUCCCUGGGCUUCUGGAAGUCCAGGCCAGGAUAGGGGAGCCAGGAAUUCAUGUUGUCAUUGGAAAAGCUGAUAAACAGGAGCACAAUUCAAACCGGCUGUUUUCCUCCUUAGAGUCUGGCCUCCCUCUUUCUGGCUGCUCUGUGGGUCUUCCUGUUCUGACUUACGUUCCUGUCAAGUAUUUAAAUGCAGCCUUAACAUCCCAUACAGUCUUGUCCCCACAGCUUCAUGUGAACAUCUCCAUGGGUCAUGCAUGUAUCGUCCCUGCAGUGUGCAAAGUGUGCUCACCUGCAUUGCUGCACAGGCAGCCAACACACUUAGUGCCCAGAGCCUUCUCUCUGGGCCCAGGACUCAGUGAUGGGGCCUUACUUAGCCCUGCCUCCUGGGUGGGGAGGGGGAGCUGAGGGAUCGUGAGGACAAGAGGUAGAGGGAAAAGAAAAGAAGACGGUGUUUGAGGAUAGGGGAGGGACAGGAGAGGGGACAGAAAGGUCCCAGAGCAUGAUGAUGAAGGAAAAGGAUCUGGCAUUCAUGAAGCACCUACGAUGGUUCAGGCACAAACACUGAAACCUCAGAUUGGCCCUGGCAGAAGGGGACCGUCAUAGCAAGGUGGGGGAGGGGGGUGCAGAAAGUGAGUUUCUGUUUCAAGAACAGACUUCACUAGUUCAGAGUUGCACAGGUAGUGAGGUAUGGAGCUGGGCUUUGAAUCAGGUCAGCUGCCUGAAUGCCCAACUUCUUCAGUCCUUGGAAGGAGAGGGUGGGGAGAAGAAGAAGGAAAAGACAAGGAAGAAAGAAGAGAGAAGGGGAGAGGAAUGGAAGUCCAAAGAGCGGGAGGAAUUUGAUUUCAGAACCAUCUCCAGCUGACCCUUGAGCCAGCCAGGACAGGGAGUAGGGAAGAGCAAGAAGACGAAGGGCCUCAAGCACCGGGAUGCCUUUGCCAGCCUUAGAUAAUUCCCAGGGUGCACAGCGCCCUGCAGGUUCUCGGGGUCCUUCUCCAGAGAAGAGGCACAGAGAUUCUGGCAGCAAGGUUCAGAAGGGGUGAGGAAACUGGGCACUGACAAAGGGAGGGGAUUGGCUCAAAUUUGACCCCAGAGUCAGCUCUGGUGGGGUUGGGAGCCUGGAUGGGUGGGAGAAGAUAGAAUCCAAUCGUGAAAACCAUAAGGGACCUUCAAACUCAUCUUGCCCAGAUGUCUCCCAUUUCACAGAUGAGGGAACUGAGGUUUUGAGAGCUUCCCCUGAGGACUCUGCAAAAUGAGGUGGUGUCUGGUUUGGAUGAAAGUGGUCGGUGAUUCCUCAACUCCUGCCCUGCCUCCCUCUCUCAUUCCUCCCUAACAUGUUAUGCUCUUGUUGGGGCUGGGAUGCCCUAGGCCCAUGGUUACCAAAUCCUGGGUUUGGAAAAUUGCUGCUGGGGGUGGUAUCUAGGACCAGAGAGGAAUCUACUAUUUCUACUGUGAAAUAAUUCAGCAGGGGCUCUGCUUACUUCUUCCCUUUGAGGACAGUUUCUCUCAAAGAGACUGAAGCAAGAGUGUGUGGCUCAGUUCUGGGGGUUCCUGCCAUCACCUCCCUUUUGCCUUCCUCAUUUACUUCACAGAACAGCAGCUGAGGCUCAGAGAGGUGAGGCAGCCAGUGCAAAGUCACAGAGCUAUGUUGUGGGCAGCAGGAGAAGCCCUGAAGUCCCCAACCUGCCAUUCUCAAACCUUCGAGCUCCAAGAAAUUUGCAUUUUGAAAAAAAUUCUUUUCACUUAUUUUGCUUUUCUAGCAACUGAGGAUGUGAAAGAGGUAGUUACUCACCCAAGAUAAUAUAGUAAACCCUAGCAGAUAAGGGACACAAAGCCAGGCCUCCUCAUGGCCAGGUCUAUACUCUUUGGCACUGCAUCAGGUGGCCCAAGGACAGAUGCUCCUGUGACACAUUCAUCCAUUCACCUUUUCACCAACCCAUUCACCCUAACAUCCACCCACCCAUCCACCCACCCAUUCACCCACUCAUUCACCCCAAGAUCUACCUACCUAUCCAACCAUCUAUUCACCCCAAUAUCCACUCACACAUCCACCAUCCAUUCACUUUAAUAUCCACCCACACAUCCACCCACCCAUUCACCCACUCAUUCACCGCAAGAUCCAUUCACCCAUCCACCCACCCAUUAUCCCAAGAUGAGCUCACCCAUCCACCCCAACAUCCACUCAUCCACCCACUUACCCACUGACUCUGACAUCCACUCACCCAGCCAUUCAUCUCAACAUUCGCCUAGCCAUCCAUCCACUCACCCAUUCACUUACAUAACCAUCUAUCUAUCCACCCAUUCAUCCAUUCCAUUAAAAUGUAUUUGACAGCUACUCUUUGGCUAAUUCUGUGGUAGGCACUAUAUACAGAGAGAUGAUCAAGACGUACACAGCCUCUGUCCUCCUGAGCUCAUUCAUUGACUUAUGAGAGAGACAGCCAAUAAUCAAAAUUAUACACUUCCCCCAAUGGGAAACAACCCCAGGAAAUGUUUUCUCUGUUGCCCAGGCUGGAAUGCUAUGGCACGAUCACUUUAGCCUUGACCUCCCUGGGCUCAGGUGAUCCUCCCAUCUCAGCCUCCGGAGUAGCUGGAACCUCAAGCACAUGCCAUCACACCCAGCUAAUUUUUGUAUUUUUUAUUUUAUUUUAUUUUUUGUAGAGACAGGGUUUCUCCAUGUUGCCCAGGCUGGUCUUGAAUUCCUGGGCUCAAGUGAUCCUCCUGCCUCAGACGUCCAAAGUGCUGGGAUUACAGGCGUGAGCCAUGGUGCCAGGCCUGCACACACAUUAUAGAGGGAUCCGAUCCUGUCCAAAGACUAAGGAAACUUCCUUGGGGAGGGGACACUUGAGCUGACAUGUGGAAGAUGGGUGGGCACGGAUGUGGUAAGGAGGUGCAGGAGGAGGGUGCUCCAGGUGGAGGGGACAGCAGGGGCAGUGGCAUUGAUGCAAGAGGGAGCAAUGCUCACAGUGACGGGAAGCGGUGGGGGUGGGGGGCUGGCUGCAAGGAGGGUGUAGGAUGAGUGAGACCAGGUGGGGGUGGAGUGGAAGGGCCAGGCAGUGGGGGAGACCUUCACCCUGAGAUGGGGCAGCCAUGUGCAGGGGAGUGCCAUGCUCAGAUCUGCAUGCUGGAACAAUGCCCCUAGCUGCUCUGGGGAGGACAGGUUGGAGAGGGGCAGAGUGGGAAGCCCGGAGGCUACUGCAGCCUCAGAUGAGCCAUGGUGGAAUCUGGACUGGGGAAACAGAGGCGAUGCUGGAGAGAAAUGGACUAUCGGAAAGAUAUUUAAAAGCUACCCAAGCUUUCUCAGGGGAGUGGUUAGUGGGAAACCAACCCAGGGCCCAUUUCUGCUACACAGAGGCCUCGGUGCAUUGCUUUAUUGUCUGAAAUUAAUUGUAAAUAUUAUUCAAAUGUACCUCCCAAUGCACAAUUAUAUUUCUCAGGGGAGCCCUCUGAACACAUAAUAAAGCCCUAUAAAUAAUACAUAUAUUAACCUAAGAGGAACAGAGGCAUGUUAAUGCUGCAAUUGCAGGUUGUGCUGUGGGGACUUUAUACAGAUGAGAUGCCAAGCACUUGGACUUGGGGUUUGACUUGGGGGUCACCUGAGUUCUGUCCUGGGAAUCUUUCAGAAGUCUCUCCCCCUGGGAUAUGGGGAUACCCCCAGACAAGUCAGGCAGCUACUGCUCUAGAUAUCUAGUCAAUAGACAGGUGGGGGCAAGAUGAGAGUUGGUGAGGGAGGAAGAAGCACAGGUCUAUAAAACACUUCCCUUGUGCUCAAAGAUGCAGAAACAGCAACAGCAGUAAUAAUAGCAAAUACUAAUUCAGCCUUGUCUAAGUUUUGGGCAAGCUCUUCAGUUUCAUUGUCUCAUUGAGUCCUUGCAACAAGGAUUCCACAGUAGGGGUAUUGCUAUCUCCAUACACAAGUGAAGAGAUUGAGGUUCAGAAAAGUGAAGUGACUUUGCCCGAUGCCACACAGCUGGUAAGUGACAGAGCUGGGAUUCAAACCCCAGUAUGUUUAUCUUGAAAGCUCCUGCUGUUUUCCCCAGAAAUGUGCAAAUACAAAAUGUCCUCUGUAGAGACCCUUCCCUGGAGAGAAGAGGACAAGAACAUAUUCUCUUUCCCAUGUCAAAUUUUGAGGAUGUGGGAGUCGGGGAGUCUGAGGAAUUGCUUUUUCCUUGAGAGGAGGAAAUUGCAUUUGAAUGGGCUUGUCACUUUCUCACAACCCUGAGAAUCUUAAGGUUUUUGCGUUUGGAAAGGACUACUUCCUCAAGUUUGUCCCUUCCUGUUCCCCCGUUUCACAGAUGGUGAAACUGAGACCUCUUUGAAAAUAAGAUGGAGACCACCUGCCUCACUGACUGCUGGGAGAUGAGAAGUGUGUGAAAAUGCUCACCUGAGUCACUCUUAAAACACCAUCACCCCAGAGACCUGAGCAUUCACCAAGCCACCCUGCUUCACUUCUUAGUUUAUUGACAAGCACUUUGGUGCUAAUCUGCUGUAAAGAAUUUCUGCCCGGGGUCUGGGCUCCCCUGAGGAGUUUCCAGCAGAAUCCUGGCUGAAGGGGAGGCGGGAGAUCUUGGCAAAAACUGCUGUAGGGCAGACAUGCUUUGUUUGGGGGCAUAAAUGUUACUCUUAAAGAUUGUCCUGAAUAUGAGUGAGGGAUGCUCCCCAUCUUGACCUAGAUAGUGGUUACACGGGGUAAGGGGUGGGGAAUGGGGGUUCAUCUGUAAAAACCCAAUUAUCUGUACAUUGAAGAUGAACGCACUUCACUGUAGUAAGUUAUGCCUCAGCAAAAGUCUUUGUAAAAAUAAAAUAAUUCAUGUUGUCUGCAGAAAUGAGUUCCCACCUCCACUGGUACCCAGGACAGGUAGUGGCAGGACAGGACCAGGUCUGAUGGUUUGUCCUUGAUUCAAGAGAGCAUUUUAGAGGGCAGUGGCUCCUGCAGCAUCCAUCCAAAGAGGUAGAGUCUCAGGAAGGACUAAGCCCUCCUGGGGGCCUCCCCAGCCUCACCACCUGACUCAAAGGGCCUUUGAUGUUUAUGACAUCGGGUCAGGUAGGCUCAGGAAUCAGACUGCGAGGGCUCGAAUCCAAGCUCUGCUAUUUACAUCAGCUAAGGGCAGGGUUAGAGUUAGGCUCUGUGACCUUGGGCAGGCUAUUCAAUGCCUCCGAAGCCUCAGUUUUCUCCUCUGUAUGACAAAGGGCAUGAUAAAGGUUUGCAGCUCUCAGAGUUGCUGUGAGGAUUCAGUGAGAUAGCUGCACUUUAGCGUUUAGCAGGUGCCAGGCUCUUUCAUCUGUAUAUGCAUCGGCUUUCUUGCUGGCCUCCCUACUUCUGUCUUUGCUCCCUCAACCCACACUGUAGGAAGCAGCCAGAGUGAGCUUUUAUCACAGAAUACAGUAAUCCAGAGCCCUUACUAUGGCAUCAAAACCCCUAUGUGAUCAGCUACUGCCUCCUUCUCUAAGUUCAUCUCAUGCUGCUUUCCAGCUAGGUGAUCCUUUCUGCCUCUCACAAGCAAAAUGAAACAAACAGAUCAACAGCAACAAUACACCCAAGAUUGGUCCCACCUCAGGCCCUUGCACUUGCUAUUCCUGCUGUUUCUGGGCCCACUUGCCUCUUCCCUUUGCAUGACUGAUUCGUCCGUCUCCUUCUGGUCUCAGUCCAAAUGCCAUCUCCUCAGACAGGCCAUGCUAAGGUAGCCUCCAUCCCUACUCGCUGCCUAUCAGAUCCCUAUUUUGUAUUAGUGUUUUCUUUAUACUAGUUACUGCCAUCUGAAAUCAUAUUAUUGUGUGUGUAUUUAGUGGCCUUAAGUCUGGCCCCUACUUGGAUACAGCAAGAUGGCAGGGACUUUGGCCACCUUAUUGUAUCCCUAGCGGUGCUUAGCCCAGAAAAGCUGCUCAUAACUUCUGGUUGAAUGAAUGAAGACAUUAUCAUAAGCUGACAUUAUUUUUGCCAUCAUCAUCAUCGAGUUUCAUGACAAUCACUUUUAUAAUACACCAUUUCCAAACUAUUUUCACAUUUUUUUCCUAUCUUAAUGAAACUUGGGGAGGGUGGGAUUUUUCCUCAUUUCACCAACAUGGAAAUUGAGGUCGCAGGUCACUUAGUUUAGAAGUGGAGGAGACACAGUUCUUUACUUGUGCCAUUAAGAGUAAUCACAGGCUGGGCGCGGUGGCUCAGGCCUGCAAUCCCCAUACUUCGGGAGGCUGAGACGGGCAGAUCGCUUGAGGCCAGGAGUUUGAGGGCAGCCUUGUCAAGAUGGAGAAACCCCGUCUCUAUUAAAAAUACAAAAAAAUUAGCUGAGCAUGGUGGCACAUGCCUGUAAUCCCAGCUACUCGGGAGGCUGGGACACAAGAAUCGCUUGAACUUGGGAGGCGUAGGUCGUAGUGAGCCAAGAUCACAUUACUGCACUCCAGCCUGGGCAGCAGAGUGAGACCCUGUCUCAGAAAAAAAAAAAAAAAAAGAGUAAUCACAGACAAAGGAGGUUUCUAUUAAGUGCUUCCACCUCCCUUGGCCUUUUCUUUUCCCUGUUGUCUGAUUUAUUACAGCCAGAAAAUAAAGGAACCAGAUGCCUCCCUCCUCCUCA